AUUCUAGAGAGGGAGAUACAACAAUUCUAGAGAGAGAAGCACAAAAAACACACACACACACACAAAAAUGGUGGAAGAAGUAUCAGAAGAACAGAAUCCAAUUAGGUCACUCCGAUCUGACGACGGAGAAGAAGAAGAUAACCAGCUCGAAGAAGGUGAGAUUCUCGCCGGCGACGGCGAUACUCUGUCGUCGUCUUCAUCUUCACGGCCAGGAACCGCCGUCGUUCAGCAUCCACUAGAACACUCAUGGACUUUCUGGUUUGAUCGCUCUAGCAAUAAAUCUAAACAAAGUGAUUGGGGCAGUUCCAUGCGCAUUAUCUACACUUUCUCUACUGUUGAAGAAUUCUGGAGCCUUUAUAACAAUAUCCACAAACCAAGCAAGUUGAAUAUUAAUACUGACUUGUAUUGCUUCAAGAAUAAAAUUGAGCCCAAGUGGGAGGACCCUGUGUGUGCUAAUGGUGGAAAAUGGACCAUAAGCUUUAGUAAGGGAAAGUCUGAUACCUGUUGGCUGAAUACGUUGCUAGCAAUGAUUGGAGAACAGUUUGACCAUGGAGAUGACAUAUGUGGAGCAGUUGUAAAUGUCAGAAAAGUGCACGAGAAAGUAUCUAUUUGGACCAAGAAUGCUGCCAACGAGAGCGCCCAGAUGAGCAUUGGGAAACAGUGGAAGGAGUUUAUUGCCUGCAAUGACAGCAUAGGCUUCAUAUUUCAUGAAGAUGCAAUGAAGGCAGCUGCCAAGAACAAAUACACAGCAUGAAGUGUGCCAUAGUGCUUUAAAUUUGACUUAGGUUCUUGAUAACUAGUGCCUCAAACACCCUUUUCUUUGUCAUGCAUGACAUUUUUACUUCUAUAUUGAUGAAUGCGCAUGGCUAACUGUGUUCUCAAUCGUGUUACAUUCUGAAGAAGUUUAUUCUUAGUUUUGGCUAUUAUGAUAGUUAUAUUUGGGUCUGUCA